AUGGGUUCCAAUUCUAACUACGACGAUGGCAAAUCUCCAUUUACAGAUCCUGUAUUGCACAUCACGUCCCAUAAUGCUGCCGGCCAAGCAGUUGUUCAAAGCUCGACAACCGAGGUGGCACUGCCAUAUGAAGGAUUAAAUAUCAGCCACAGUCUGCUUUAUACGACAUCUGAGUUUCCACCCGACCUCAACGAUGACAAAGAUGUCAAGCUACAUGAAGAAAUGAGGGCUUCGGGCAAAUUAAACAUCGUUCAACCAUACGGAACUGUCAUCCGUAUUGUCAACUUCGGACCUCACAAUACGGCGCUUAUGCAUCGUACGCAGAGCCUGGAUUAUGGCGUUGUGCUGGAGGGUAGCGUCAUUAUGGAGUUGGAUGAUGACAGUAGGACGCUCAUGAGGAAGGGUGACGUCGCGGUCCAACGAGGAACCAUGCAUGCUUGGAAGAAUGCCAGUGAGACCGAAUGGGCUCGAAUGUUGUUCCUCCUGCAGGACUGCCAGCCUCUUUUGGUGGGCGGUCAGAGAUUCAAGGAAGAUCUUGGUCAUGGCUACAGCGUGUUUCCAGAGAGUGGAAAUGACAUAUAA